UCAGGACUGAUUUGGGAUGCCUGCCCCGUAGCCAUAUAGGUGCGACAUAGCUUUGCUGAUAAAACUUUUGAAUCAUUAGUUCGUAUGAUGCACGUGUUUUAUUUAAUACUGCGAUAAGCUUAUACGUGCUCCAGUGCACCAUACACGAGCGCGUGAACCAUAACCUGGAAUUGUUUCACCAUCUCAAAAUAGGGCACCAGUAAGCGUAAAGGGUGCUGAUCAAACGCGGCCAUGGGGUUGUGCCGAAGACGCUCGCUGGCCACGAAGGCGCUGGUGGCUGUCCCGGUGAUAUGGAUGGUGUUCUUCGUCUUCUUCCUGGUGGACCGGCGUGACUCCAAGCCCGACCCACCUGAUGCAGGCCCGCGUGCCGGAGCCCUCCGUAACGCGCGCCGGGAGAUCAACAAUAUACUCGAUCGCAGUGCGGAGAAGGCCUUCGAGCCAGCCCCUCGAUGGGACCCGGCCGUGGCGGACGUGGUGGCGCGCCGCCCCAAGACUGCGGCGCCGUCGUCAGGCCAGCGGUCCGAGCAACGGCACUUCCUGCUUCCUCCGCAGGAGCCCAAUGGCCCCGGGGAGCUGGGCAAGCCAGUGUUGAUGCCGGCCAACCUCACAGAGGAGCAGCGACGCCUCGUGGAGCAGGGCUGGACCAAUAACGCGUUCAACCAGUACGUCAGCGACCUUGUCUCGGUUCACAGAACGCUACCCGACGUCCGUGAUGACAAGUGCCGGGAGACACAGCAGUGGGGCCGACUGCCCAACACGGCCGUCAUAGUAUGCUUCCACAACGAGGCGUGGUCGGUGCUCAUACGAACCGUCCACUCGAUCCUGGACCGGUCGCCAGUCGAGCUGCUCAAGGAGGUUAUCCUGGUAGACGACUUCUCCGACAUGGAGCACCUGGCUGCGCCGCUGGAGCAGUACCUGGCGCCGUACCGGCAGGUGCGGGUGGUACGCACCAGCAAGCGGGAGGGCCUGAUCCGCGCCCGGCUACUCGGCGCCCGCCACGCCACGGCCGACGUGCUCACCUACCUCGACAGCCACUGCGAGUGUACCGAGGGCUGGCUGGAGCCGCUGCUGGACCGGAUCGCCCGGAACCGGACAACCGUGGUGUGUCCAGUCAUCGACGUGAUCGACGACACCACGCUGGAGUACCACUUCCAGCGGGCCAGCGGGACGUCUGUGGGUGGCUUCGACUGGAACCUGCAGUUUACCUGGCACUCGAUCCCGGAGCGCGAGAAGCGGCAGCACCCGUUCGCCUCCGAUCCCGUGGCGUCGCCGACGAUGGCCGGCGGCCUGUUCGCCAUCGACCGGCGCUGGUUCGAGAUGCUGGGCACCUACGACCAGGGCUUCGACAUUUGGGGCGGCGAGAAUCUCGAGCUCAGCUUCAAGACCUGGAUGUGCGGCGGCCGGCUGGAGAUCGUGCCCUGCAGCCACGUGGGCCACAUCUUCCGGAAGCGCUCGCCGUACAAGUGGCGCUCUGGUGUGAACGUGCUGCGUCGCAAUAGCAUCCGGCUGGCCGAGGUCUGGAUGGACGACUAUAAAAAGUACUUCUACCAGAGAAUUGGCUUCGAUCUGGGGGACUUUGGUGACGUCUCGUCGCGCAAGGCUCUCCGCCAGCGGCUGCAGUGCAAGUCUUUCCAGUGGUACCUGGACACCAUCUACCCGGAGCUGUUCAUUCCCGGUGAUGCCGUCGCCAGCGGAGAGAUUCGGAAUGAAGCGACUCAGAUAUGCGUGGACUCACCGUGCGAGCAUACGGACCUGUAUAAGCCGGUGGGAACGUACCCGUGCCACCUGCAGGGUGGUAAUCAGUUCUGGAUGCUGAGCAAGGCGGGCGAGAUUCGGCGUGACGAGGCGUGUCUGGACUUCGCCGGCGCCGACGUCGUGCUCUACCCUUGCCACGGCGGCAAGGGCAACCAGAUGUGGGAAUACGAGCCGGUGUCACGGCACAUAAAACACGUCGCGAGCAACCGAUGCCUGGGAAUUGCUGCGGACAAGACUAAAAUCGUCAUGGAGGAGUGUGAACCGGACCACGGGAGGAUGCGAUGGAUCUUGCAGAAUUACGACCCUGCCAAGCUUUCAUAACGUCUCCGCAUUGUGUCAGCUAGCUUCGACUUCACGUCUGGGGAUGUGGAAGAUGGGGCCGGGUCACCCAUUCCACCAACCUCCGCUGGAGGUGGCCUGCACCGCCGCUGGACAGUGUUCAAGCGGCCGGACCGAUCCAACGGUCCUCAGGAUCCGCUGGAGGUGGUUUCCACCGCCGCUGGACAGUGUUCAAGCGGCCGGACCGAUCCAACGGUCCUCAGGAUCCGCUGGAGGUGGUUUCCACCGCCGCUGGACAGUGUUCAAGCGGCUAGACCGGUCCAGGGGUCCGUAGGAUCCCCUGGAGGUGGUUUCCAUCUCCGCUGGACAGUGUUCAAGCGGCCGGACCGAUCCAGCGGUCCUCAGGAUCCGCUGGAUGUGGUUUCCACCGCCGCUGGACAGUGUUCAAGCGGCCGGACCGAUCCAGCGGUCCUCAGGAUCCGCUGGAGGUGGUUUCCACCGCCGCUGGACAGUGUUCAAGCGGCCGGACCGAUCCAACGGUCCUCAGGAUCCGCUGGAGGUGGUUUCCAUCGCCGCUGGACAGUGUUCAAGCGGCCGGACCGAUCCAGCGGUCCUCAGGAUCCGCUGGAGGUGGUUUCCACCGCCGCUGGACAGUGUUCAAGCGGCCGGACCGAUCCAGCGGUCCUCAGGAUCCGCUGGAUGUGGUUUCCACCGCCGCGGGACAGUGUUCAAGCGGCUAGACCGGUCCAGGGGUCCGUAGGAUCCCCUGGAGGCCUUCUCUACCGCCGCCGGCCAGUGUUGCGGUGACUGUGGUCGGGACUGCACGGUGUCAGUGGCGCCCCCUGGCGAACGUGCUCAGACUUCAAGCGUCAGUGCUUCGGCAUUGUCAAUAGGACGAGGUGGAGUUGGGUGCCUCAGCAGCUGCUGGUGCCAGAGAGCCGCGUAUUCAGGGAAGUUCACAGAGCGGCCGAAAGAUGGCGCUGUUUGGGCCGUCGGGUCCGGACGUCGCCUCCGCGCGCAACGCCGUGUCAGCCAAGAAAGGAGAGCGACACAGCCGCCGACCGCGCCAACGAACUGACUGCGAGCCAGUGCGAUCGAGGCCGGCGUGAAGGCGCUCUCCCAGCCAGUGCGCUGUCAGGCGUGUCCGGGGCUCUAGUCUAGCGAGAGGCGCGCUGCUGACGUGAAUCCCUGGCUCAUAUGGAUCCCGGACUGGUGUGGAUCCCGGACUGAAGUGGAUCCCGAACUGACGGGGAUCCCGGACUGACAUGGAUCCCCGGCUGACGUGGAUUCCGGGCUGACUCCGGACGCCGCCGCGUGCGACCGUGCACGUGUAUGAAUUGUGCUGUGGUGGCUGGUGCCAGGUCAUCGGAAGCACGUAGACGUGUGGCUCCAGGCGGCUCCAAGGGGGUCUUAGUCUUUCAUUGCCGUUGCCACGAGCGGGCGGUGUGCUGGUGUUCGCCCCUGACGCUGUGUUCGGGUUGUGAUAGGGGAACUGUCUUACGGCAAUGCGUGUUUCUUGCAAAAUUGAUGUCGGCUCCGGUGUGUGGGCGAGGCUGGGUAGACUAGCUAUGUGAGACCUGAAAACAAUCGCCGCGAGGUUAUGCCAUGACUGGCAGGCGUGCGUUACCGCCGGUGUAUCAUAGUCUCAGUAUUUGAGUUUGUGUUCAAAAGUGCCGAUGUUUUGUGUGUUUUUACUCUCUAUAUCGUAUAAGUGCUCAAGUGUGCAGGCGACGAGACAACCUAAUGAUCCUGGAAGAGCCGGGGCAGGCUAGCAACAAAAUCGAAUACGUAAACAUGCAAAAUGAAAAGGAAAGUAUAGACAGAAGGCCGAUACGUUCCUUCGAACUUGCGUGGGAGCACACGUUGUGAUGCUCGUGUAACACGGUCUAGGGUCACUGUUCCUGUUGACCUUGGAAAUGACCUCAUUCCGCGGGUUCCAGGG